GCUAUUCAUCUUUUCUGACCAGCUUAUAGAUCACCAGAGGGCAAUGGUUUGGCGAAGCCGGGGCCUCUAAUUACUAAAAAAUCCAUAUCCAGUGUCACAGACAAAAUGACGUUCAUAUCCGCUAACUGCUGAUGAAUGCAAGGAAACAAAUUGUGCUCCACGCGUGCAGAUUCCAGGACAUGGGAGACAUCGAUAGGAUAUCGAUCGACCAUACAAGCACAAUAAGAACAUUCCUGUCUUCGAACAUUUACGAUAUUCCCCGCCGCGCACAACACCAAAGGUCAUUUCCGCUUACAACGGCCUUCACCUUUAGAUACGCCUAGGCAAGCCAAACUUCCCCACCGAUUAACAAUUUCCUUUGUUUAUAGUGAAUUAUUGAGACACCGCUAUGGAGGAUCGCACCUCAUGAAGAAAAGUACACUUUUCAGAUCGCCUGCCAUGCAGCCAAUUGAAGAUGCCCUCCCUUCACAACAUAACGCACGCAGUGACCCUCGCCGUAAUCGCCACACUGUUACGGAAGUACCUCCAGCUAAAGUUUGCUUAUGAAGACCUCGAACUAAAUUGCAGACUUCACCAUGAAGACAGAACAGAAUUCCAUGAUAAAGAACCUGAUUCUCUCAACCAUGAUUACCUGAAGAAAGGAGACCAACACGAACGUGCCCCUCCUCCCACGGCAAAGGUAUAUGGCGACAGUACAAGACUAUGGUGCUCAGGCCACGACAGAUCGUCAAGAAUUUGCAAAUUUGAAAACUUGUGUUAUAAUCCCCAGAAGGACGAUUUUGUAUUCGUGCAUGGUCCUGGGAGUUUUGUUGAAGGCGCUGACAUGCAAAGUGUUCGCCAUGGCUUGUUAGACCUGUCGACAGUUCAAGGUCAUACCACGCACGUGUUCAGAGCUGCGGAUGCCCCUUCUCGGAUCUUAAAGGAUGCCAGCGUUCAUUGGGUUGAAGAAGAGACGCUGGUUUUUAAUCGGUUUAAACCCGACAAUAUAAUGCACGUCAUCCAUGACGACAUCCUGCCUCUUCAUCACACGCUGCAGCUGGUGUCUCUUGGAGCCAAUCGUUUCAGCCACCAUGUACAACUUGUGGUUCUUGAAGGGUGGGACAUGGGGGAGUUUGAAUCUAUUUAUUCGUAUUUUACGUCUUAUGACAUUUUAACGAAAGACAAAAUCGGUAUUCUUGGAGAAAUGGUUUGUUUCAGGAGUGGUCAUGUCGGAAUCUCAAAAACGACCACAUGGUACCAGUAUGGCUUUGACAGUCCACAAGCCCCACUGGAAGGUUUACAAGUGACAAGUCAGCACAUCCGUACUGCAGCCCAGUAUCUAUUGUCUGAAUCCACAGAACAGUGUCAGAUUUGUGACACUGGCGAGUAUAUCGUCCUUAUAUCCAGACGAUUAAACAGAUUGAUAUUAAACGAGGUAGAAUUGACAAUGGCUAUUGCUCGAGAAACUGGGUUCAAAGUGGUGGUGAUUGGGUUUGAAAGCCAUUCUGUCGGUGAAAUGAUGAAAAUAGUUCACAGUUCUAGAGGUAUUAUUGGUAUGCAUGGUUCGUUGAUGAUUUUAUCAACAUUUCUUAAACCGGGUAGUUUUGUAAUUGAAUUAUUUCCAUACGCCAUCAACCCAGAUAGCUAUACACCUUUCAAAACACUAGCGGAAAUUCGAGGUAUGCAGCUUGUUUAUAAAGCAUGGGCCAAUCAGAAUCGCGAAGACACAAUCAUGCAUUCUGAUUGGCCCGCAGACCUUGGCGGGAUACUUGACCUGCCCAAGGAGGAACAAGAUGACAUAAUCAACCAAUCAGAAAUCCCGUUACAUCUUUGCUGCGAGGACCCAUCGUGGUUGUUUCAUAUAUAUCAAGACACUAAAGUCGACAUCCCUGCAUUAACAGUGUUGCUGAAGCAAUCUCUUUCUGAGAGUACCGUCAGACUCGUAGCGGAGAACCAACUCACACCUUCUCCAGUGAGGCAGGUGGUUUGUGACGUCGGUUCCGAUGGCCAUAGGGUUACGUUGUCAUGGGAACGUCCGUGGAAUGUGAUGUAUCUGGAUUAUAAGACACUGGAGUAUGAAAUAUGGCUGCAGAACAGCAACACCGAGUCGACUUUGUCUCUUAUAGUCGGGGACGUGACGUCACACACGAUCACAGAUCACGUGACGAAAGGGAUACUUUAUAACGUGUGGGUUAGGAGCGUUCUAGACCAGCAAACUCAAGGUCAAUUCAGUGGUGCAAUUAAAUGUCCUGAAUGAAAUUGUA